AUGAACUCUCGUAAAUAUAAUACUCCGCUGCCUCUGGCCCAAACCCCUUUUGUCCUUUUUUGCCUUUUUUUGUGCGUCUCGCAGUAUGAGUCACGCGGGACGGAUCAGAUGGAUUUGACUAUAACAUCAACACUCCUUCAUCCUGUGUCAGCACCAUCGUGUGAUCCUUUCAACUGAUCCAUCCUACAAGCAAGUGCGAACACCUUCACAUGACAAGCAUAGUACCCAUUCUUUGUCAAUAUGACUUUUGAGAUCUUCCAGAUACCCCAUGACGACGAGAGUGCUCGUUCUUGGCUGGAGCGGGUCAAGGCUUUCCGGCUCCUCUCAUUGCAGACAGCACCUGAAUCCUUUCUAUCGACAUACGCGAGCGAAGUCACCUUCACAGAUGAUAUCUGGUACGGCCGUCUCACCAAUCCGAGCGUUGCUACCUUUGUUGCUCUUCAGUCGGGUCGUGUUGUGGGAAGCCUUGCGCUAAUUGGCCCACUUGCCCACCCACCAGAGGAUCUUUCUCCUUUGGGAAAUCCAUGGGUGUCAAUCGAUAGAGAUGCAUUACUCAAGGAGCCAGAGAAUUCACAUUGGCGUAUCAAUGGCAUGUUCACAUUACCCGAAGUGCGUGGUCAAGGGAUUGCCAAGGCACUCAUUGAGAAGGCAAAAGUGUUCGGAUGUGAGCAAGCAGCGCUCUCAGGAAAGGGCUUUGUUGGGAGCAUUGCGGUGGAUGCCGAUAAUCUACCUGCUAAGGCUUUGUACAAAAAGUGUGGGUUUGUGACUAUCAAAGAAGAGCCUUUGUCUCAUGGCUCCUCAAGGACAGUGCUUCUUAUGAAAUACACACCAGAGAUUGUGGUAUCGACCUAGCUAAGUCUGAUCGUCAGCGUCUGUUUGCGAAUAAGCAUUUUUCACUCCUAAUACUUGCAACUAGAGUUGGUUAGAAUAUUUCCAAGUGAUUACUCAAGUCUUGAAUGUAGGAUUCAGCCAACUCUAU